CCCCUCUACUUCAGUCUCUUCCUCCUUGUACUCUAGUGAUCGUCGGUGAGUGAGAAAGAGAGGCAUGGCCUUUUCCGUGGCCAAGAUCUCGGCCUCCUUCGCCGUGUUCAUGGCCCUAGCCUUCCUCCUUCGUCCCUGCGCGUCCGUCGAGAUCCACCGCAAGCUCUCCGGCUGGUCCAACGGCGGCGCCACCUGGUACGGCGGCCCCAACGGCGCAGGGAGCGACGGUGGUGCAUGCGGGUACCAGGACGCCGUCGACCAACCGCCCUUCUCAUCCAUGAUCGCCGCCGGCAGCCCGUCCAUCUACCAGGACGGCAAGGGCUGCGGCUCUUGCUACCAGGUGAAGUGCACCGGCCACGGCUCUUGCUCGUCCAGCCCGGUGACCGUCGUGCUCACCGACGAGUGCCCAGCUGGCGCGGCGUGCCUGGGUGAGCCCGUCCACUUCGACCUGAGCGGGACGGCGUUCGGCGGCAUGGCGAAGCCCGGCCAGGCCGACCAGCUCCGCGCGGCCGGACGUCUCCAAAUCCAGUACACACGGGUCCCGUGCAACUGGCCGGGGAUGGACAUAGCCUUCAAGGUGGAUGCCGGCUCCAACUCCUACUACCUCGCCGUGCUCAUCGAGUACGAGGACGGCGACGGCGACCUGUCGUCGGUGGAGCUCAUGCAGAGCGGCGGCAACGGCGCCGGCUGGACCAAGAUGGACCGGUCGUGGGGCGCGGUGUGGAGGUACAACUCCGGGGCCAUGCUGCAGGCGCCAUUCUCGGUCCGCCUCACCUCCAGCUCCGGCAAGCCCCUCGUGGCGAGCAAAGUCAUCCCCGCCGGCUGGAAGCCCGGCGGCACCUACCGCUCCGUCGUCAACUACUGAUAAACUAGGCGUGGGGUGGGUUGCACGCAAGCACGCCGCGCGCUCGCCCGUAUGAAGAGGCGUGGCGCCAUCCCGAUUUAUGCUUGGAGCCAUGGGCGUGGGAUAUGUGUGUAACCUGACCGCCAUUAAUAAGGCGUGUGUCGCAAGUGUGUGUCUGUGCGCGCCAUUGUUGUGUGUGAAGCUUGUGUUAUCUGUCUGUUUGGUCCAUAUAUAUAUGUGAAAUAAACUGUAUCGGGGCGGAGGUGGCCGGGAAGAGUUUCUACUUCUUGCCCCUCGCUCUUGUUGUUGCAGUCUCA